AUGCAUCCUAGAUUCGCUCUCCCCCGCUGCAACGUCGAUACAGCGCGGGGACGAUCGAGAGAUCCUGGGAUGCUCUUCAAGCCCACCCUCGCCACGGCCCUCGCCGUCCUGCCAGCCGCCCUCGCGGCGCCCGUUGUCGAGGAGAGGCAGGCGCCGUGCCAGGCCGUGCGCGUCUUCCUCGCCCGCGGCAGCGUCGAGCCGUACCCGGGCCGCCAGUCCAAGAUCGUCUCGGCGGUCUGCAGCGGCCUCAGCAGCUGCGGCUACGAGGACAUCCAGUACCCGGCCACCUAUGAGAACUACUGCUCCUCAGUCAGCACCGGCAUCGCCAACGGCAUCCGCCAGCUCACGGCCUACGCCGCCCGCUGCCCCAACGCCAAGCUCGUCCUGACCGGAUACUCCCAGGGUGGCCACGUCGUUGGCGAUAUCCUCGGUGGAGGUGGCGGCAACUUCCAGGGCUGCACGCAGGCGACCAGCGCGGGCCUUAACCCCGCCACUUCGCCGGGCAACAAGAUCGCGGCUGCGAUCCGAUUCGGCGACGUCCGCCAAGCCGGCGCCCAGUCGUACAAUACCGGAACGGGGGCGUUCGGAAACGGCAUCUGGCGCCGCGAGGGCUCUCAGCUCCAGAGCCUUAACCGCUUCUCCUCGGUCCUGAGGUCGUGGUGCCUCGCUGGCGAUCAGGUCUGCAACACCGCUGGCACCCUGGACCCGCGAGCCCACACCUCAUACUUUGACGUCUUCUCCACCGAGGCCGGUGCCUGGGUCAAGACCAAGCUCAGGCUGUAGAUGCGUAGCGAGGGACAAAGUGGAGGGGUUGCCGUCGCCGCUCGGUGGGAUAGUUUUUACUUGCUGCAUGUGGGGCUCCGGCAAUGAGGUUGGAUCCGUAUUACCGUUGUGUUACACGCGCAUCACGGAGGAAGGUACUCUAGGUGUCACGCUGUUACUGCUGGGCAUUUUUACUUCGCUUGGAUGAUGCAUCACUCCCAGCGCCCAGGAUGAUACUACUGUGAGAGUUUCCCUACGUGGCAUUUACUUUGGGCCUUUCGUCUUCUCUUCGCAAUUCGCCGAGCAGUUUUUUUUUUUUAAACUAAUCUCUUCCAAGGCUAGACUGGCUCCUUAACGCAAUGUGAUGUGCGAGAUGGCUCUCAGCUGCAGUGGGAAAGCAAUACAUUUACUGUAUCAUAGUCGAGGUAACAACGCAUCCAUCCGUGCCCGCCUAACGCAAAUUUUGAGGUGCCA